AUGGCGACACCAGAAAUACCCCCCUCCAUGAAGGGUUUCGCCCCGUUCGUCACGAAAGCAAAGCAGAUGGAAAAGCAAGACCCUGUGAUAUCCUACUACUGCUACGUCUACAUCGUUCAGCAAGCGUUGGCGAAGGGGCUUACUAAGGGCGUAGAGGGUGCAUAUACAGGUCACAUCAUGGACAUUCUCGAACAGCGGAAAAUGGAACUAGCCGAUAAUGAAGCCGUCGGGGACGAUGUGGUUGGAAAGGUUUACGUGGAGCAGUUUGGGAACAAGAUCUUUGGCAAUGCCGAGAACACGCAGAAUGCUCGAAGAUGCACCAAGGUGACCGCAGAAACAUUUAUGGCAGCUUCUGUCUUCCUGGAGGUACUUCGAGUAUUUGGCGAAUUGGACCCAGAGAUCUCUAAGAAGAUUACCUUUGCCAAAUACAGCGCUGCACGUAUAUUAAAAGCCUUGAAGGCCGACGAAGACCCGAACCCACCAGUAGAGGAAGUCCUUGAAGACGAAGUACCACCAAUGUUCACAGACGUAGCCCCGCCGAAGCCUUAUGAGGUUUCACCCGUGUCCCCAGUUUCUCCACACCCACAGCCUGCUACAGUGGAAGAUGCGGUGGAUGAAGCAGAGAGUCUGGAACGGUCUAUGGCUAGAAUAUCAACGGCAGACCAGUCUCUACAUCCCAGCCGGAUGAUGACACCAAGUAAUGCACCUGGUUUCCCGUCGCCACCAGAGAACCAUCUAGCUUCAAAUUUCUCCGGCAGGACAGAAACCAUGUCGACGGCCGAAACCUUUUCGACCCUUUCUCAGCCUCCUUCAGCUGGAUAUUUCCCUCCGGCGCCAUAUCCUUCCCACGAGACGUCUGUUGCACCACACGGCCUAGAUUUGCCAUCAGCACCUCCUGCAAUCCCGUCAGCAUCCUCGAUUUUCCCAUCCACCCCUCAAUCUUUACCUUCCGCUCCCCAAAACUUACCUUCUACCCCAUCACUCCCGCCGAACUCGCCUCCCGCGCCGCCCGACAACUUCUACUCGGGAGGAGGAGGUACAGGCGUCGGUGUCGGCCUUCCUUCACAACCAGAACCAGGUGUGCCACCCUCUGGGCCUCACUGGCUUGGUCAAGUAUCUCCCCCCAUAGUACCACCUUCGGUAGGCGCUCAAGCCCCCACAAACCAACCUUACUACUAUUCCAGCCCUCCAGUGGCAAACCCCCAUAUUCCACCCCCACCUCCUCAGCAGCAACAAUACAUACAACCACAAGCAUACCAGAGACCUCAGCCGCGAGUUCAACUAGUGGACCCUGAUGAAAAUCCAGCUGCUAUCAAGGAGGCACAUAAAUGUAUUCGGUGGGCGGAUUCGGCGCUAAAUUUUGACGACGUCCCAACCGCAACGAAAGGUGUCGACGAAAUUGGGCAAGUCCACGCGAGUCUAACAAAAUCCAACGCCAGAACCAUGAACCUGAACUUUGACUUUGAGGACGGGAUAUGCCACCCGAUUGCACGAAAAGUCAUGCCGAUAGACCGAUUGCCGCAAGCUCUUUGA